ACCACCACAAUCAUUUUUCUUAUGGAUGUUGAAGCAAGAGUCAAGUCGACCACCAAAUGCAAAUCAAAAUUUACUAUGUCAAUAUUGCACUCCAUUCUCGAUUUAUUCUCUAUAAUGGCGCCCCAUGUCAGCGACGGAAAGUAAGUAAGAAUGGAAAAUGGCGGACACCACACCGGUAUUUGCUGUUGAGAAAGUGGUCGAUUCAAAAAUAGGACAGGAUGGUUGUCGCUAUUAUCAAGUCAAAUGGGCAGAUAGUUGGGAACCAGAAGAGAAUCUUGAGGGAUGCAUUGAUCUGGUUAAUGCUUAUUGGGAAUCAGUUCAUACAAGAGAGAAAAAAUUAGUUGAAAAAAUUCAAAACGAUGUUCAAUUAAACAUAGAAAAGAAGGAAAAAAAGAAAAAAAAGAAGAAGAAGAAAAAGAAAAGGGUCUUAGAAGAACAGAGACAUUCAAGUGACGCAACUUUGAAUAGAGAUACUCCUGACAACAAGAAGAGAAAGUUAGAGGAACAUGAGUCAAACAGCGUGAAGCAGAAAGGUAUCAGCAGGCUUCGUCCUUACUACGUCGCAUCUGACGACGUCAUGGCGGUGGAUAACAUGGACGACGUCCCGAAUGUGUUCACGAACUUAGAAAAAAUAAAAGACGAACAAUUGAGCGAGACGGAAAAGUGUGACGAGGGAUUGUUUAAACGUACAGCGAAAUUGAAAGCAUCUUUUGUCAUUCGCAAGCUGCUUGAAAAACAGAAAAUAGACCGGAAAGGUGUAGCUGAAGAAGAAACGACCAAAGAUUCCGAUACUGACUACAGCGAGCCCGAUGAAGAGUCUGACUCGAGUGUUGCAGACUCUUCAUCGUUACCAAGUACGGAAGCUCCCAGCGACAUCACGGAAGAAGUUCGAGAUGAAGCUGACUCGACCACGUCGAAUUUGUUAAAAGACUUAGUUAACAAAAUCGUGUUCGACAAUAGUCCAGUCGGUAGCCUCAAUCGAAAGAAAUGCACGUUGCCGUCCCUACAUCCCAAAACGAGUGCCACGACUAUAACGACUUCGUGUACCAGCCCACAAAAGAACAAUGAGACAGAGAUGGUGAAUGACGUAAGCAUAGUUGAUCAUAGUCCACCCACUGUGACAACUACAACAGCUACUACUACUUGUCGUAGUAGCACUCCGUUGCUAUCCACGAAUGAGGUUACCAGCACAACAGUGUGUCAGGAAGAGUCGGUCAAUGCAAGCUCUGCGGAGAAGGGUUUACCUGCCGUGGCACGUGUGAAACAAGAAGUUAUCGAUAUCGACGAUGACGACGACGACGAUGUGUUAAAACAGUCGGAGUUUCCAAAUCUUACUCAUCAUGUUUCAUCUGUCCCAGUUAGUAAUAUCGUAACGUGUAGCAGCAAUAGAAUUACGUCAAAUAAUGCGAUGCCGUUCCCGCCAAUCGGAACGUUAUUCCCCCCAAAUACAACUAUGCCGACGGCGGCAGAUACGAAACGUGUGAUAAGCUCCUUCCAAGACGUCAUCAACGUCAUCAAAUAUGUGGCAUUUAGCAUACACUUUAUUUCCGAGGAAGAAGUUUCACAAAAUCUUCUCAGCAUCGUUGGUUUAUGUGUUACUCGCCAAGUUUUAGAGACACAAGACUGGCAGUCUCCGAUGAAAGAGCUUUCCCUGCUGCAUGUUCAAUUCCUUUAUAAAAAAGCUAGGGAUUUCGUAGAAGCUGUAGUCUCUUCACCCUCACCGUUACUAAAGCUGCUAAAUGAUUAUCUGCUUUUGCAAUUAAAAGAGGUUUCAGGAAAAGGAGUUCAACUGGUGUAUCAAUUAGCUGUUGGAUUUCGCAAUUAUACACUGACAAAUGGACUCGCUCCACCGACUUGGUUCGGUUUUGCAAAGGAAUUAGUAUUACGUGCGACGCCAGACCUAUUAAAAAUUCCUCCACACAAAUUUGUUUUGGACUCUUUUCGAAUGAUGAUGUUCGAGCAAUCGACUAAUUCGAAUUUCCAUAAAAAUGUUUACCGUCCUGAAAUUCCGAUGACUGCAAUACAGCGAAUGCCUUCAGUCCGGCAACCGACUACACUUAUUCAACAAUAUGUUCUAAACAACACUCCGCGGCUUGUACGUCCUCAAGCAUCCCCACAUAACACGCCACAGGUUAUUCCGCCAAACGUUUUGUCGACAGUUACGCCAAACGCCUUUUCACCCUUGGGACAACUAAUGACUCUAGGUUUCCAGGGUGAUCCAUCAGGCGUGACACCAAAUCAACCUGAAACGGUCGCUUCUGCAUCACCUCAACAAUUGCAUGUCAUCCGCCCAACCAUUCCGAUGAUUUCCGAUGUUCACUCCAUACGCACGUCAAAGAAUUUUCCGGUGGCAGGUCGAUUGUCGCAUCUACCAACUACUCCUGCGAUAUCAAGGGUUGAGAAACAAUCCUGUUUUGCCAGUGACUUUCGCAGUUUAAAUGUGCCCCUAAAUUGCAGAAGUACAUUCCUAGAUGCGUCAGGGUGCUUAAAUGCAAGGCCUAACCAUCUGAUCGUCAACCCGGAUUCUCUCUACACGCAUCCAAGCCUGAAUACAAUAUCGCGGUGUAUAAAUCCAGGUAUGAAACCGAUUUCCGUUACUACACAAACUAGUGCGUGUCAACGGUCCAUACCUAACUGCGUAAACUCUGUUACAACGACAUCCUGUGUAAAGACGAACGCAAAAACCACGAGUUGCUUUGUGAAUUGGGUUAGUAAUCCACCUAUCAAACCGAUUUCCGUUACAUCUUGUUUGAAUAGGCAUACGGAGAGAAAGAGUCGCUCUGUGAAUUCAUCCAGUACCGCCAUAUUGAACACACUCUGUAAGGGUAUCAGAAACAACAGACAAAAAAGUACGAACCUAAUUUCGGCUACAUACAAUGUGUGUUCCGUGGAGAACAUUUCUAGUAUGAGCGCAUGCGAGAACCUUGAAUCAUACAUAGCGUCAUUCCCUUUCGAUUCAAACACGUGGAAGAAUUCUGCCGACACAUUUACGCAUGCCCUGUCUAGAAAUACUAACGAAAAUUUGAUAUCUACACGCGUGACCACAAAUGCAACAUCUAGUCACGUGGCCUCAAUUGCGAAAUUAAGUCACGUGAUUACGAAUGCUAGUCACGUGAAAACUAAUGGGUCUUCUAGUUACACCAGUACGAUUGAGACAUCAAGUCAAAUGAAUACAAAUGUGGCAACUAGUCAUUUAAACAAAACAGACACAUCAAGUCGCAUGACAACGAAUGCGGCAUCUAGUCACGUGCCUACAAUAUCAGCUCACGUGAUCACAACUGCGACAACCAAUCACAUGAACAUAAAUGAAGUGCGUGGUCACGUGAGCCUGAAUGCAACGUCUAGUCACGUAAACACGAAAGCGACAUCUAGUCACGUAACUACAACUACAAUAUCAGCUCACGUGAAUACAAUUGCGAUAGCCAAUCACAUGAACAUAAAUGAACCGACCAGUCACGUGAACAAAACUGCAACGUCUAGUCACGUGAACAAAACUGCGACGUCUAGUCACGUGAACGCAAAUGCGACGUCUAGUCAUGUGAGCGCAAAUGCGACAUCUUGUCACGUGAACACAAAUGCGACAUCUAGUCAUGUUAACACAAAUGCGACAUCUAGUCGCGUGAACAAAGAUGCGACGUUUAGUCACGUGAACACAAAUGCAACAUCUAGUCAUGUAAACACAAAUGCAACGUCUAGUAACUUGAACACAACUACUGACGCAAAACUAACUAGUAUGUCCAAGAAGCCUAUUGUGAUAGACGAAAAAGCUGAUUCGCCAAACCCGCUCUUCGAGUCAUUAAAAAAAAAUUCUGGUACUUCGUAUACGUCAAAAGACACUUCGGCGACUUGUUCAACUAAGAACAAAACCAAUGAUCCUGGUUCUUUACUUAAAGGUGACCGAGAGAAAGAAUUAAGGUUCAUUCCCAGCGCAGAUGUACCGUAUAAUGUGCAGAAGUACAUUGAAAGCAAUUAUGACGCUAUAGUAUCGUCGAUCACUGGUAAGCGAGAUUUAGUCGGAAGCAAACUGUUGGUGCACAAGGAUCGUUCUGUUGAAAUCCACUUGAUCACGGGGGAGAGCGUACGGAUUAGGUAUAAAGAUUUAUUGAAGAAAAGGUACGCAAAAAAUUCCACCAACCCUGAAAUUAUUAACAUUAAUGAUGAAGAGAAAACGUCCACAGAUGAUGCGACUCAAGUAACUGGAAGAAAUAGUAAAUCACCUGCAGAGGAGGAGGGCACCGCUGCAAGAUACAGUAUUGCAACUGCGGAGGAGGAAGGCUCUGCUGCAAUUAAUAGUAUUGCAACAGCGGAGGAGGAAGGCUCUGCCGCAAUUAAUAGUACUACAACAGCGGAGGAGGGAGGCUCUGCCGCAAACUACAGUAUUGUAAUUGCGGAGAAAGGUACCGCCGUAAGAGGUAGUGAGGAGGUUACUGCUGCAAAAAAUAAUGAAUCGCUUGCGAAGGAGGGUACUUUGGUGGAGGGUAGUCAAGAUAAGUAUGAUGAGACACUAAUGCUGCAAGUAGAGCAAGCGCUUGAUGAAAUUAAAUCAAGGGUUCAGAACGGGCGACCUGCAGUUAAAUCAAAUAAUGCACUUAAAAUAGACAAUAUACAACCACCGUCGUAAGACGGUUUUUAAAUACUUUUGUUUGAGAAACUUUGGAAUUUUGUCAAUAAACUUAGCGUGAACCAAUUUUUGCAAGUUUUUAGUUUACAUUUUGAGAACAAUGCGCAUGCACGCACUUUUGCUUAGGGUAAAAAAGCAGGACUCACGCAGGGUAAAAUGACUAUUAUUAAAGAUAAAAGAUUUUUUUUGGCAGCAUAAGAUCCAGGAGGAACUAACCCUAACCCUAACUAAAUUUUAACUAUAUUCUAAUUCUUCUUGAAAUAUUCACUAAUUUCAGACGAAUAAUUCUUUUUUUGGAUGGAUUUCUGUGAUUAUUGUGGUCUGUUGUUUAUAUUUUCUACCUACAAAUAUGCUUGCGCAUGUGCAUUAAAACCGAAAACUUUUUAACUUUUGUAAACAUUGGCAAGUCAUAUAUGGAAUCGCAUUUUUUUCAGAAAUAUGUAUUAAAUAACAUUAAUAGCGCGUGUAUGUUUUCUUACAUGUUUUUGA